CGCAGUUUAGUAUAAUAGAAGAAGCCUGGAGAAAAUAAAACUUAGCUGUUGAACUAGCGGUAGGUACACACAGCUAUAGAAUUCAGUAAGGCCUAUAUACGAAAUUAAACUGGCGCAAUAGUUACGUAAAAAGAUUAAAUUUAUAAAGAAAAUAUUAGAAAAAUGUUGGAUAUUUCUGACCCGGAGAGUUCAUUGAUACAUAAUCCACCAACUUUACAGGAUGCAAGCUUAUGUUUUAUCUGCAACAACAUCGAUAGAAUCUGCUGUAUUGAGAGAUCAGGAGUUAGUGGAGAGGCUAAACUUAGAUUUAAACAACAAAUAUUUUUCCAUACUGAACUAUCCGAACAGUUACUUAUGAAACUUUGUGAGCUUAGGAAGCUUGAUGAUUUGAUGCUGACGGUGUUUAACACUGAUACAACUAGGCUAAAACAAGUGAAACUCAACGAUGCUUCAAAACUAUCCUUAAAAGGAUUAAGAACUUUAAAAGGGCACAAGAUCCUGGAGCUAGAAGCCAUGGGGUUAACCAGGGCAACUGUGACAGAUUUGAUCAGCUGUCUUGGAGAAUGGAGUUUACAGAACUUGAGGCUUCUCAACGUUUCCAACUCUACCUUCAUGGACAGUAACAAGUUCUGUGUUGUAGUUGCGUUGUCUAAACUCCGGAACCUCCAGAUUUUAAACGUUUCUAGGACGGAGUUUAACAAGACGAGUCUGGAGCUAGUGGUUGAAGAUCUACCUAGAUUAGAGAGUUUGAACAUCAGUUGUUCUCAUGUUAAUGAUAUCUCAGCCCUGAGAAAAUGCAGGACGAGGUUGAAGGUUCUCUCCAUGUCAGGACUUAAAUUCCCUCUCUCCGUCAGUGAAACUAUUGUUGAUAUUUUGACCGGACUGACUGGUCUGGUUCAUCUUGAUGUAUCUGAUGAUACCGACUCCAGGGAACCUUGUGAUAUUCUCUCUUCCGGAGCUAGGUUCAAGAUUUCUAAACUUCUCCGAAAAUACGAGUCUUUACCAAACCUUCAUUCCAUGGAUAUAUCAGGGAAAGAGGAGAUAAACACUAACGAGCUGGUGGAGUUCCUUGCUUGUCACAAGCUCCGGUUUCUUGGUUUAGCACUGAGCGAGGUUUGCAGAGAUCCUAUGUUUACAGAUUCAACAAGUGAACCCUACUUCGGAGAUAUUGUGAUAGCAGGGUUCGGGUCGGAGAAUCAAAUUCUUGAAGCUCUGCAUCGGUAUUUAGAUCGUCCAUACUACAUUCAGAAAACUUUAUAUCAUCUGUUCAAGAUGACAACUGGGAACUAUGAACCAGCCAUAGAUAUCACAGUUCCCAGAAUAGAUAUUAUCAAGAUGGUGUUAUCCUGUGCUAAGAAAUAUCCAACUGUACUUCCGAUACAGAUGGCAGUAACUGCAUGUCUGUUCAACCUCUCUAAGGCAGAUCUGUGCUCCCGGAUUCAUCCUGGAGUUCUCAAGGAGAUCGUUCAAAUAGAUUUAGACGCCAUGGAAACCUUUCCACAGCACCAGCAGCUUCAGAAGAACGUGUUGCUAACAAUAGAUAAUAAUAGAAUACUGCAAGAGGUUGAAUUUGACAAGUAUAGAUGUGUAAAACUAGUCCUUGAUUGUCUUUGCUCCUGGCAGGACAACUCUAUGAACAGGAUGUCGGUGGAGAUCUGCUCAAUUCUAGCUGCAAAGAUCUCUACAGAGGAGAUCAGUGAACUAAGUGAGUUGAGUUCUCAGGCAAACUAUAUGAAGAAACUUCUCUCUAUUGUCCGCGAAAGAACCCAGGACUCUGUUAUAGAUAUUACAAUGAAACUAACUCUCUCUGCUCUAUGGAACUUGACCGAUGAAUCUCCUAAAACUUGUCAGGCGUUCCUUGAUGAGAACGGGAUGGAGUUGUUUAUCGAAGUAUUAAACCUGUUCCCUGGAGAACUAGCGAUAGAAACCAAGGUUCUUGGACUCUUCAACAAUAUUGCCGAGGUUCCAUCUCUUCGGAGAUACUUAAUGGUUAAUCCUUUCAUACAAACACUGAGGAAUCUCCUUCAUUCUUCCAGUAUAGAGGUUUCCUACUUCGCGGCUGGAAUAGUAGCUCACCUAUCCAGUAAUUCUCUGGACCAGUGGUCGCAUCUUCUCAUAUCAAAGAACGUUCUCUCCUGUGACCUUUGGGCGAUUGUAUCAGCUUGGAAGUUUCCUGAGGAAGAGAUGGUUGCGUACAGAUCAUUUAGUCCGUUCUUCUCCUUACUUAAUAUCCAUCAGGAUAGAUCAGUUCAGCUGUGGGCUAUCUGGGCGAUCCAUCACGUCUGCUCCCGCAAUCCUCGUCGGUAUUGUUCAAUGCUAAAGGAUCAAGGAGGUCACUCCGUCCUUCUCAACCUAGUCCGGGAACCUGGAACUAAUCAUAUCGUUGCGAACAUCACAGAAAAGGUUCUCCAUACCUUGGUAGAGAACGGUCUUAUCCUUCAGGAUGAAAACCUCAGAGAGCGAGAAAUAUUUGUCGGAUUCUGAAUUCUCGUAUAAUAAUACGUCCUGCUGUUGUAGAGGAGACCGACUUAUGAUAUUUUUAAUUAAAUCAGAAUCAGGUUUUCAUAUGACGCGUUUACCCGGACGUUGUUUGUGACGUUUUUAACGUUUUUAUCGUCAAUUAUGAAUUAAACUGACUUGAUUUUAUCCUAAAACCUAAACCUUGACUUUUUAUUCUAAACUAAGUGUACAAAAUAAAAUUAAAUAACCAAUUUCAUAGAUCGACUUGUGCGACCGAUAUUUCUAAACGUGUUAAAUGUAUAACUAAUCUAGGAUUUAAAAAUUGAUUAUUGUAUAGCAAAACUUUUAUUAAUUUCACAUGAUCAUUGGCUUCCAUUCAUUUAUCUAUUUUUACUCUCGUGAACUAUUUUUUAUUGACUACAUUUUAUCUGUGAUUAAACCUAUUCCUAAACCCCUGAUUAUGUAUCAGUUGAUCUUACAUGUAAAAUGAUUUCAUUAGAUGAACUAACAAUAAUACCUAUAAGAAUAAGCAAUUUAUUGGGACUAUAUUGUAAAAAUACAAAGUUAAAAUUCAUAUUAUAAUUUUAGUUUUCAAAUUAUUUAGUAUUUUCAAUCUUUCGCUACAUUGUUUGUAUAAAUGAAUGUAUACUAAUAACAUAUAAAUUUACUUCA